AUGUGUUUUAAAGAGAUUUAUGGAAAUGUUGUAUUAGAAUUAGGACAAGAAAAAUAUGAAAUUGAUGAAAAUCAUGAAAUAGUUUUAAAAGUAUCUCCAUUUCAUGUUGAAUUUAAUCCGUCACAAUAUGGAUUAAGAGAUAGAAUUACAUUACAAUUUAUUAUUGAUAAAAUGAAAGUUGGUUCUCAACAAAAAACACUUAUAAUUCAUGAAGCUGAUAAACUUACUAAAGAAGCUCAAUUUACUGUAAGAAGAGCAAUGGAAACAGGAAAUUGGAGAUAUAUUUUUAUCACAGAAAAUAUCUCUGCAAUGAUGAAACCUUUACGUUCAAGAUGUUUGGAUAUUAGAAUAGAACUCCCAACAUAUGACGAAUUAGAUAGAUUAAUAACUAAUAUUUGUCAACAAGAACAUACUCAUAUAACCCAAAAAGAUAAAGAAAUGAUUUUAAAUUCCAAUAAUGGUAAUUUAAGAACAACAUUAAUCACUCUCUUUGUAUAUAUUCAAACUAAACGUUUAUUUAAACCAACUUGGAAAAUAUCCUGUGAACUUAUUGUCAAAACAAUUGUUGUUACUCCAAACGUUGAAGUCAUUCAAAAAUUAAUUCGUCCUAAAUUAUGUGAGUUUAUUGAAAAUGGUCUUUCCCCUUCACUAAUACUAAAAGAAAUUUUUACCUUAUGCAUGAACUCAAACAUCGACCAAUUGUACAAACUUGGUGUUGUUGAAAUAAUUCAUAAAUUUGUUUGUUGUUCUUCUCUAUCAUUCAACCUAACAACCUUCUAA